GAACCAGCGAUAACGAUAUUUGCCUCAUUCACUUUUUCAUCCCCUGCUUUAGCGAUUACAGAAAAUUCUCUCGGUGUUAUGCAGCCUUCAUCAGAUGCAGGUCGAUUCUAGAUCCUCCCUGCACCCAAAAGUGCCAGAUUUCCUUAGGCAGAAUUGACUUCCACGGCGGAGAUUUGCUCGAGGCUCCGAUUUCCGUUUCUUGACGCUGGGACUUUCAUCCUAUCAAGGGUUUCAUACCACGGAUUCAAGGGAAAUCUCUGAUUCUGGUUUAAACCCGGCUGUGACGUUUCUUUUGCGGCGGGUUCCUGCUCAAGCUGCCUUUCACUGUCAAACUCAACUCUCGGUAAGAACUACACUAUCACAGUUUUACUGUCCUGGGCAAACGUUGUCCACUCCCUCACACCACACAAGCAUCCUACACAAUUUGGUGCCUUUGGGUCUUCACAAACCAUGCCUCCACGGUAAUUGUUACCGAGUCGGCCAUCUGUCGCAUACAUCACCCUUGUCUGGCAUCGUUGUACGCUUUUAUCUUAGCCGUCAACCGCGCUGGUGAUGAUUCUUUCGCCUAGUGGGCAUGCUCACGAUACACAAUGUCUCACAUGCUGAUUACUGGACGUCCAGAAAGACGGUCACAUCGUAUGUCGACUGGAAAUGACCCGGCAAGAGAAAGGUCUGCCACUGGGGCCGGCGACAAGGACUCGAGAAGGAGGUCCGUAUGGAAUGUGCCGGUAUUGACGCCCAAAUUUCAUACAGACGACGCUAUACCCCAAGACCGACAUGCCGAGAAAGUCGCCCCAGCUGAGACUCCUAUCAUUCCUGAAGAUGUGCUUGAUAAUGGGCUCGAACUGGUUGACUCGCCGGACGAAGCACGGGCCUGGCUGCUUGGGUUCGGCGAUUUGAAGCCCGGGACAGACGUUUCAUUGAAAUUUCUCAAUCUUCGAUGUGGUUCACGAUCAUUAUUGUCGUUGUUGACUCAGUGGCUACCGGUGUGGGCUGGUAAAGCCGACAAAGCCAAAAAGGACAACAAGGCUUCGAGAUCAGCACCGUUGAAAGAGAUCAAGAAUCUUGAAUGGCUUCUGCAGUACAUCCACGAUUACCUUAACAUCGGUCACAUUGAUUUUGACUCACUGGAACUUACACAGACUGUUGAAACAGUCACCACGUUUUGCUUGAACGCGAACAGAUACCCGGACAUCAAUAGUGGCAUCAAUAUCCUGUACGCCAUAGCAUCCAAUUUCGAUUUUCCAAAGUCCGGCCUUGAACAAACUCUGGUGGUUCUGUGCGCUUCGAUCGCAAAUCUCCAAGAAACGCCUGACCACUUAUUCGAUUGCACUAAACUUCUUGCACAGAGCGACUUGAGUAAUGAGGUGAUCAUAAUUCUCUAUUCCUUCAUUCGGGUGCCCACGCUCGAGAACAACAGCAAAAACUUGUCACAUGCCCGAGGAUCGACUCACCUUCUCCGCAAUCUAAUAGACGAGCGAUCAAAAGAAGGACAGUAUGUUGUCGACUUACAGGGUUUUAUCAGGGAGCUUCACAUCGCGGCAUCUGAAGGUAUUUUCCGAUUCAGCCACGACAUACUAGCCUCUGUCCAUGCUAUUCUUUCCUCCCCGAGAUUACCAGAGAUCCAAGCCCUGGAUUUUGGCAAGGUCCUGGAAAUCAUAUUAUUGUGCUUGGAGAUGUCUCCAUCAAAGCCUUUGAACACCACGCAGAAUCUGCUUACACCUGUGAUAAGUCCGGAUGAGGACAAAACACGGGUAUACGAAAGGCAUUACCGGGAUAGAGAGACGAUGACAAAGAAACUUGCCGAUGAUUUCCAGUUACUCUGGAAACACCUUUCUCCCGUCAACCAGGACACCAUCCACGAAUUUUUCCUGGAUUAUCCCCGCUUCGCUGACACCGAGCAGAUACAACGUGCUCUGGCUUUUGCCGAAACUAAAUACCUGAAUUCAGGAGACCGAGAGGAGAAGAACCAGUACAUUCGAGAUCUCCAUGAGCGCACAGUGCAGAACCAACAGCUAGCCGCAGCAUCUCGCAUCAAUGCAAUACAAGUCCUAGUUCGAGCUUGUAACGUCCAUUCUACUAGCCCGACUUCCGAUGAACAAUUUGAUGAUUUAUAUGCAUGGAUGCUUGAUGAACUCCUAUCUCAGGUCACUAUCGAGCAGGAUGGACAAGUCCUUACCGAAUUUUUGUUGGCUUUGCAGGAGAUGGUGUCCAACUACGAAGAGGCAGCCAAACACACAAAGUCAAUCAGACACAUGACCAAGACCUUGAGGGACCUUGUCCUCCUACACUCCGCGAGAGCCUUUUUCACCGAUACGCUUGCAGCUGAAGCUACCAAAAUCCUUGUGACAGUAUUCUGCUACGGCAUUCAUGUUGACCCCACGGCUGCUGUGGAAGGGUUUGAUACGCUCCAGAGCCUUGCAAGUUCAUCCUGUCGCUUCCGAUCCGCGCGACUUGUCGCCAAACGGCUCCUUUUCCGUGUGAGGGCUGAUGACGCGGGCUUCAUCUAUAUCAUUAGUGAGAGUGAAAGCCAGCACAUCGCAAGCGCUCUUCUUCGCACGCGAGAAUCAGCAGAUACCUUUCAAUUCGAAGCACCAACCGCACAACGACAUUCAGCAAGCAGCACUAGCAUGUCAACGAAAUCAGACGUUCAUGAACCAAUGUGGAUGUAUCCCGAGUCUGAGGAUGUGACAUUUCUAUUCAGUAACCGUCCGUCAACAUAUCUCAACGUUGAUGUUUCUGCACAUCCUGAAAGUCAAACGGAACUUGACAUGGAUACUUGGUUGAUGAACAUCAUCAGAUGUCUUCAGGCAGAUACAGAUUGGGAAACUUAUAGUUAUACCAUUGUCCACGUGGCAGCACAAUUGAGCAAUAUAGCCCUCUUCCUGAAUUCCAUGGAGGCUGUCGUGAAGUUCCGACAGGUGUUGUGUGAGCAAAUUGUCAACAACACCUUUCGUGAGGCUCCUCCUUCAACUGGGCUCAAGAAGUCAGAUGUUGCGUUGUGCAUGUUCAACAUCCUGAUACCCCUGAUUGCAUACGCGACGAUGAAGCACGAAACGGUGCAAAAAGGAUUUGGUGAUGACCUUGUGAGAGCAUUUCUCACCGGUAUUUCCGGGGCCUGGGAAGGUACAUCAAGGCCAUGCAUACAUGCUUUGUCGAUCUGCAGCCUUGAGAUACCGUCGUCUGUUGCUUCGCUAUACCCUACAAUCAUCGACAAGAUGUCCAAGAACAUGACGCAGGCGCAUCUCACCGCGCAUAUCCUCGAGUUCUUGAUCCACAUGGCAUUAUUGCCGGAAAUGCACUCAAAUCUCAAUGCGGACGAGAUACAGAUGAUCUUGGGCAUGUGUAUUCAGUUUUUGGAGAAGACGCGAGAACAACAUCAGGCGUCGAUUUCAUCGCCCACAGGACGGUUGAGCUUGCAAUCGAGGCAUAGUGGCUUGAACUUUCGCCGACCACCAUACCGGGCGUCAAUGUUGACAGAUAUUGGUCUGCCCCAGUACGCUGCUGCGUUAGCCUAUCAUGUUAUCAUUUUCUGGUUUCUCUCCCUCCGUCUGGAGUCUAGGGCUAAAUAUGUCUCGUGGAUUGUUACAAGACUCAUUUGGAAGAACCCUCAAGGACUAGAAAUGAUUGAUGAGCAGAGUCAAGUCCUAAUUGACAUGAUGCAGCGGACUGCGUUUUCUGAUUUGGGAGAAACAGCACCACAAGCAGAUUUUGCAGGACAGGACGACGGACCCAUUUCUUCAGCAUCUUGGAUUGCAGGUCUCAGUGUGAUUACUGCCCAAACCGCUGGCCAUACUGGCAAGACCCAGAUCAUCAAACGACAGGCUUCAGGUACGACAUAUGCUCGCUAUCAACAAUUGACCAGCGAGCUGCCGUCCCACCACACGCCUAGCCAUACAGAGAUCCGACAUCAUGAGGCUACCACCGAAAUGCUACCUUCACAUAUUAUCCUUCAAAUGGUGGCAAGUGCAGCCACAACGAAAGUUGCCGACCAGCCAGUGCUUCUACCGGACGAGGAUUAUGUUCGAAGAGCACUUGAUUCAUUCGAUCGCAUACCGACUGUAUCGAGUCACAAGAUCGGCGUUCUCUAUAUUGGGAAAGAUCAGUCUGCCGAGUCUGACUAUCUCGCAAAUACGAGUGGCUCUCAAGAUUACGAGCGAUUCCUCAGUGAGCUUGGUUCCGUCGUUUCUCUGCAGCCGCCUCUCCGCUACAACCCGCAAGGAUUGGAAUUCCCGAGAGACGGAGAAAAUACCAUGGCCUGGCGCAAUCGUGUGGACGAGAUUGUCUACCAUGUUCCGACUAUGAUGCCGACCGAUCUAGAAGAGGACCCUCAGUGCAUCAACAAGAAGGCACAUGUUGGGAAUUGCCAUGUGAAUGUUGUUUUCAAUCGUUCCGGACUUCCUUGGGGUUUUGAGAAUUUUCAAUCUCAGUUGAACUACAUCAACAUUGUAAUUCGACCUGCUUGCCGUGGUCGUCAGGCUUUGGAUCCAAACUUCAUGCCUGGGUUCUACUGGGUUCAGGUUGUCACCAGAGACGAUUUGCCCAACAUCUCACCGGUGGCAGACACCAAAAUCAUUUCAGCCGCUCAGCUGGCGCCUUUUGUCAGGGCUUUGGCAUUGAACGCAAGCAUGUUUUCUCAGUGUUGGAAUACGAAAGACAGUGAUUCUGAAUUUCCAAGCGGUUGGCGAGCUCGACUCCAACAGAUCAAGAGAUUGAAGGAAAGAGUGUUGAGCAAAAUGGCUGAAAAGCAAGGACUGACGGCCACAUCGUCGGGCACCGUGAACAAUGUUGUUACGGGUGGUCAAGGCGGCAGGAGGACCCCUGUCCCCAGAGAUGAAGCGGGUGGUUCACGCAAAGACGUGACUUUGGCAUCUCAGCUAGAUUUCAGCUCAUGGACGGUGUGAAGGGAGGUGGGUUGGUUUUCACAACAACUGGGAGUAUGGCGAGAAUCAUGGGUUAAGAUAACAGGUCAAUGACAUAGCACGGCGUUGGAAGGAUCAGGAAUCGGAUGGGAAAAGUACUGUUCAUUAGGGAGGCAUUUUUGUUCUAGUAGUCUAGUAUUCUACUCUUCACUCGUGCUGCCAUUGUACAAUGGCUCGAGUCAUGUAUAGCAAAAGUCUGAUUACGA